UUUAGGUACCAUUUGUUUUGUCCGAGGUCUAUCGACAAAUUGUUAAGGUAAAAUGAACAUUUUACCCAAAAAACGCUGGCAUGUGCGCACCAAGGAUAAUAUUGCGCGCGUGCGCCGGGAUCAAGCGGCUGCGGCAGCGGAGGAGAAGAUCCGCCAGGACAAAUUGGAAUUCGCUGAAAGCGAGGCACGAAUUAACUUCCUGCGCCGGCAGUCGGGUUUGCCGGAAAAGGUUUCCUGUCCCAAGAAAUCCGAGGGAAAGCCCGAAUCCAGCACUGAGCCAACCAAAGGAGUGGAUCUCUUCGCAGACUACAAGAGUGCCGUGAAGACCACCAACAAGGACCUGGAGAAGGAGCAGAAGGAGGAGCAGGAAAAGUACGAGAAGCAGAUUGGCUACCUCACCUACUUGGGCCAGGACACCAAUGAAGCCCUGAAAGUGCGCAGCUGGUACGAGGUGGCACCCAAGAGGCCAGAAGUGGGGGAUCCCGCCGCUACAGAGGCUUUUCUCAAGCAAAAGCUAGCCCACGAUCCUCUGACCCUUAUCAAUGCCCUGCUGCCGCCGGAGAAGAAGGAUGCCAAAAAGGCCGUCAAGAGGAAACGUGAGAGGACACCCACUCCCCCGCCAGAACCUUCAAGCUCGCAUAAGCCCAAGAAAAGCAAGAAGGAGAAGAAGCACAAGAAACACAAGGGGCACAAGAGCAAAAAGGAAUCCAAGGAAACCCUUCUGGACGCCGAACGCCAAAAGCGAGAUAAGCUCGAAAGGCUGAGGAGGGAGCGCCUGCGACGGGAAACAGCAGAACGCCAGCGUUCCGAGGCCCUUUUUGCGCCCAAGGAGCCCGCCGUGACCGCCAGUGCAGCAUCCACGCCUGCUCCUACGCCCAGGAUUGUGCAAAAGUACAACAGCCAGUUCAAUCCGGAGCUGGCAAAGCAAAAUAUGCUUUAGUUUGCUACAUAAGUAGAUAAUUGUUUUGAAUUUUACAAUAGAAAGGGGAUUAUCUAUAAAAUUGUAAAUA